UCGCGCCCUCCAGCCCUGCCUGGCGCUCGCGGAAACUUGGGUGCCAGGCGUCCGAUCCCUGCUGGUUGCUGGAAAGGCCCGGGCUGGAUCCCACAGGGAAGGGCAGGGGGAGCGCUCUUUUCCGGUCCACCCCAUUGCUGCCAGCGCCUGGAAAGGGGCUGAACCAGGAGCUGAGUGACUGCAAAACUGGGGAGCCUCACGAUGGUUAAGGCUAAGAGCUGGACCCUGAAGAAGCACUUUCAGGGUAAGCCUACUCAGAGCGACUUUGAGUUGAAGACUGUUGAGCUCCCACCCUUAAAAAAUGGAGAGGUACUGCUUGAAGCCUUAUUUCUCUCCGUGGACCCUUACAUGAGAAUAGCAUCUAAAAGAUUGAAGGAGGGUGCUGUGAUGAUGGGGCAGCAAGUGGCCAGAGUUGUGGAAAGUAAAAACUCAGCCUUCCCAGCAGGAUCUAUCGUAUUGGCUCAAUCAGGCUGGACAACACACUUCAUUUCUGAUGGGAAAGGACUGGAAAAGUUGCUAACAGAGUGGCCAGAUAAAUUACCACUGUCUUUGGCCCUGGGGACAAUUGGCAUGCCAGGUCUAACUGCUUACUUCGGCCUGCUGGAGGUCUGUGGCGUGAAGGGUGGCGAGACCGUGCUGGUCAGUGCAGCCGCUGGAGCAGUGGGCUCUGUUGUGGGGCAGAUAGCAAAGCUCAAAGGCUGUAAAGUUGUUGGAGCAGCAGGGUCUGAUGAAAAGAUUGCCUACCUUAAACAAAUUGGAUUUGAUGCUGCCUUUAACUACAAGACAGUAAAUUCUUUGGAAGAAGCCUUGAAAAAAGCCUCCCCUGAUGGUUAUGAUUGCUAUUUUGAUAAUGUAGGUGGAGAGUUCUUGAACACCGUUUUAUCCCAAAUGAAGGACUUUGGAAAGAUUGCGAUCUGUGGGGCCAUCUCUGUGUAUAACAGAAUGGAUCAACUUCCCCCAGGUCCAUCCCCAGAGAGUAUUAUCUAUAAGCAGCUCCGCAUUGAAGGGUUCAUAGUGUACCGAUGGCAAGGAGAUGUCCGUGAGAAGGCUCUGAGAGAUUUGAUGAAAUGGGUUUUAGAGGGCAAAAUCCAGUAUCAUGAACACGUCACCAAAGGAUUUGAAAAUAUGCCAGCUGCAUUUAUAGAAAUGCUGAAUGGUGCUAAUUUGGGAAAAGCAGUUGUGACGGCAUGAAAACAAUGACAUACGAAUCAUCAUAGCGUGAUUUGGAUGACUACUUAAUUUUUCACUAUCUAGUAAAAAUAGAUACUGUCCAAUUAAUCUAAGAAAUUGUGACUAUAAUGAUCUACUGAAUAAAAUACAUUUGUGGUCUGUAAUUAGUGACAAAUAAUACAAUUUUCAUAGUCAACCACAGUCAGUUAUCUUUAGAUCUACUACUGCUUUUUCUGGUGUAAGGUAACAAAUAUAAUAGCAUUGGUGUCUGUAUUAGUUUUCCAUUACUGUGACAAAAUAAUAGAGAUAAUUAAUAAAGAAGAAAGAUCUAUUUUGACUCACUGUUGCGUGGGUUUCAGUCUGUGGUCUGUUGGCCUCAUUGCUUUGGCCCUGUGGUACGGUAGUACAUCAGAGGCAGGAACAAGUGGUAGAGGGAGCUGCUUACCUCCUGGUAGUUGGAAAACAAGAAAUGGAGACCGAAAGAUACUUAGGUCCCAGUAUCCCCAUUAAAAUCACACCCCUAAUCAUCUAAUUUCCUCCCACUAGACCCAAGCUCCUAAAGACUCCACUACUCCAGAAGCUAGUGACUGUAACUUUUAAAACAGAAGCCUUGGUGGAGGACACUCAUUCAAACCAUAGUGGAGUUCAAAAGUUUAAUAUCUCUGGGGCCUUAGAGUUCAGAUUUUCAUCUGCAAAGUGAAAAUAAGUAUUAGCUACUUCUUUGCAGAAAUUGGUGAACCUGGGCCAGGACUAUAGCUUAGGGGCAUAAGCGCAUCCCUGGGAAGUGCAAGGUUCUGAUUUUGAUCUCUGGUAUAAAACAAAAACAGAAAUUGGUGAACUUGAAGUGAAUAUGAGGAACAUAAAAGAUCUGAACUUAUAGAAAGGUACCUUGUUCUUGGAUAGGAAGAUUCAGUAUCAGAAUGAUACUGAUCAAUUCUGACAUCAUAAAGCUGAACAAUGAAAUAAAAUGGUAGUACAAUGAAACAGUGGGGCAAUAACUUUGGAAAGAUGUAAUAAGCUAUCAGUAUGUAUCAAGUAUCAAGGAAGGAGGAUGAAGAUAAAAUGAAAACCUUAUAUUACUCUUGUACUUUUUAAAUUCUGAAUCUUAUGUACAAAUUUACUCAAAUAUAAUCAAAUAAUACAA